UUAAAUGCCACUUCAUCACUUUCUCUGUGUAUUGUAAUUUUAAUUAAAUGUUAUUUCUCUAAUACUUUGUACAAUGUUUCCUUACUCGCGCAGUGUGUGCCGUAUGCAUUAAAAAUCGUGCUCAUCUUACGUAUUUGAAGGAUAAAUUCGGCCUCUUUCUCCUCAUGAACAACGACCGUUUUGCAGACGGACAUUUAAACAGGGAUUCUUUCGAAGGAGCAUUCAGAAACAGAUAGAUUACAAAUGUCUCAGAGAAAAACGCUGCUUGGUUAUACGACACAGUCGCAAUAGGUGCCAGUACUGCAGAUUUAAAAAAUGCCUCGAAGUUGGAAUGUCAAAAGAUUCUGUCCGUUAUGGUAGAGUGCCGAAGAGAUCUAGAGAAAAAAGUGAGGAGCCACCACAAGUAACUCAAUCAGAGCCAGAAAAGGCGAAACCUGCGGUAUCAAAUUUAGAACUAAGAGAGCAAAAAAUGUAUGAAACAAUAACUGCUGUAUCUGAUGCACAUCUAAGCCAUUGUGGCUAUACUGUUGAAAGGACAAAGAAUAUUGUUCGGAAACCUGCAAUAUUUGCUAUGACUGAACAUCAACAUAAUGCUGUUGAAGGUCAGGUUGGAGCUGGAAGCUUAGAACUACAGAAAAUUAUAAUGUGGCAACAAUUUGCAUCAUUACUUACUCCAUCAAUUCAGCAGAUAGUUGAAUUUGCUAAACGUAUACCAGGAUUUCAGGAUCUAAUACAAGAUGACAAGCUUUUAUGUAUUAAAUUGGGGUUCUUUGAAAUUUGGCUCGUUCAUGCUGCACGUCUAAUUAAUCCCAUGGAUGGUACGAUAACAUUCAACGAUGGUAGCUAUGUGUCUAAAAAUCAGCUAGAAGUAAUGUUUGAUCGAGAAUUUGUUUCCCUUGUGUUCAAUUUUGUAUGCUGGUUCAAUGACUUGCAACUGAAUGACAUUGAAAUCGGUUUAUACUGUGCUGUUGUGCUUCUUACUGCAGAACGUGAUGGCAUAUAUGAUCACAAAGCUAUUCAAAUGAGGCAAGAAAAAGUGAUAGAAGCAUUAAAAUGUCUGUUGAAUGACAAUCAUCCUUCAGAACCUCAUAUGUUUGCAACACUCAUAUCAAGACUACCCGAGUUACGCAUCCUGGGAGAGAAACAUUUAGAUCAUCUUAGGUGGUUUCGAGCAAACUGGGUUCACAUCAACUUAGCUCCAUUGUUUGCUGAAGUUUUUGACAUUCCAAAAUCAGACCUUGAUCUUGUACAACGAUAGUAAAGUUAUAAUUGUUUGACAUGCAGGCCAUGGAUUCUUCAGACCAAUUCUAUACCACUGAUAGUGAAUUAUCUAGUACAACUUGAGUGCUUUUGUUUGUGUGAAUGUAUAAAUUAUUAGCUUUUUGCAGAACACCCUGCAGCUUUAUGUACUCAUUCUUCAUCCUGUAGAUAUCAUACUUGGGGCCACACAAAAUUUUAUUUAUUGGUCAUUGUGAAGAUAGCUUUCAAUAUUAGACAAGGCAUCUGGUUAUUACACUGUGAUUAUAGUAGUUGAAAAUCAACAAAUGUUAAUUAGUAUAUGAGCCAUUCAUAUAAAGUGGAAUAAGUUCUUUGAUAUAAG